AUGUCCUAUAAUCCGUAUGCAUACGCUACAAGUGAGCAAAAUGGCGUUAACGAUCGCUUUGCUCACACUCCACAACAGCAACAACCAAUUCAAAUGCAAAUGCCCAGAAACAUACCCGUGAAUGGCCAAGUUAACCCCAAUGCAAACGCAAACGCAAACACAAAUGGUGGCGGCAGUUUUCCCUUUCAAGAUCCUCGUGGUUCAAUGGCAUUUCAACUGGGGCAGAGUGCGUUUUCCAACUUUAUUGGUCAGGAUAAUUUCAACCAGUUCCAAGAAACGGUUAAUAAAGCCACUUCAAACGCUGCGGGCUCUCAACAAAUUUCCACAUACUUCCAGGUUAGCACGCGUUAUGUGAUCAAUAAAUUGAAGCUCAUCCUAAUCCCUUUCCUUAACGGCACUAAGAACUGGCAGCGUAUCAUGGACUCUGGCAAAUUUUUGCCACCAAGGGAUGACGUGAACUCCCCAGAUAUGUACAUGCCCAUAAUGGGACUAGUCACCUACAUUCUUAUUUGGAACACACAACAAGGUUUGAAGGGUUCAUUCAAUCCAGAAGACUUAUACUACAAACUUUCCUCUACCCUGGCAUUUGUUUGCCUGGAUUUACUUAUCUUGAAACUGGGCCUGUAUCUUUUGAUCGAUUCCAAAAUUCCAAGCUUUAGUUUGGUCGAACUGCUGUGUUAUGUCGGUUACAAGUUUGUUCCAUUGAUUCUCGCACAAUUGUUGACCAACGUAACCAUGCCAUUCAAUUUGACUAUUUUGAUAAAGUUUUACUUGUUCAUUGCCUUUGGUGUAUUCCUACUAAGAUCCGUCAAGUUCAAUUUACUGAGCCGCUCCGGUGCUGAAGAUGAUGAUAUACAUGUUUCUAUCAGCAAAACAACCGUCAAGAAGUGCAACUACUUCCUAUUCGUCUAUGGCUUCAUCUGGCAAAACGUCCUAAUGUGGCUAAUGGGAUGA